UGGGGAGAAGGCAGAGUGGGACCGGCAGAGAGCUCAGACAUCCAUCAACAUCGGAGCUGCAAAGCAUCUCCUCUAAUUUGCAGUCGAGGAGGCAUCAGGAUCCCUCCAGAGCCGUCCACGAUGAGCGCAGACAAGCCCAACAUCUCGCAGGUCUCAGCCAAUGAAACGCCAUGGUUUGUGUCCGAGUGCACCCUGGAGCUGGAUGCCGAAUACCGCCGCAUCUGCCUCUUCCUGCUCUACCUGUUUGUGUUCGUGGUGGGCCUGCUGGAGAACGUGCUGGUGCUGUGGGUCAAUUGGCGGCGGCGCCACUCAGCCAAUGGCGUUCUCUUUUGCGUGCUCAACGUCAGCCUGUCGGACAUGAUGGUAAUCAUCGUGCUGCCCUUCUUCAUGAUGGAGGUGACGGUGGAGCGCGUGUGGCUGUGGGGCCGCUUCCUCUGCAAGCUCACCAAUCUGGUCUACUGCAUCAACUUCUUUAGCAGCUCCUUCUUCCUGGCCGCCAUGACCUUGGAACGUUACCUGUCGCUAAACCGGCCGUCAGGGAUCGUCUUGUUUCCAGCGACGGGCUGGCGCCGCUGGGCCCUCUGCGGAGGUCUCUGGCUCUUCGCCCUGUUCCUGGCACUGCUGGAGAACGUCCACGUGGACCUCCUGGAGUGGGACGAGCCGGGCUGCUAUAUGCUUCCGGAGGGCAACUAUACCGAAUGGUUCGUCUCUGUGGCCUUUCUGUGCCUGAUCUUCCAGUUCCUUGGGCCCGCCUCAGUCAUCAUCACCUGCAAUGUGCUGAUCGCUCGCACCGUGCGUGCGGCAACCCACGUGGAGGGCCGACGGGACGUGUGGUUGGUGCACGUCUACUCUCUGGUGUUUGUGGCCUGCUGGCUGCCCUACCACCUGGUCAUGACGCUGAUUAUCAUCAGCGACCUGUCGCCUGGUCUGUUCAGCUGCAACGUUGUGGAGUUUGUCUACUUCUCAUUCAGCGUGGUGCAGAACCUGUCGCUCUUUCACUGCGUGGCCAAUCCUGUCCUCUAUAAUUUCCUGAGCAAAGGCUUCCGCGACAACCUCGUUAAUGCCGUGGUCAGCCGCCUGCCCCGGCAGACGGACAUGGGGACCAGGCCCAACGGGGGAGGAGGAACAGGAGAGACAGCUUGCGACAAGGGCUCACGCCGUAAGUUGAGCGACGUGAGCACCAGCCAGUCAGAUCUCGGGUCCUGAUUGGAAUUUGCUUACAAGUGGAUUCUCGGUUCUUUAGUGGCUGCUCAAACAAGCGAUCGAUUGACUCCCUCCCUCAGGCAUUCAGGCAUGUUUGGUCAAUUCAUAGAUGUAAAAGCCACAGACAUGACAAAUCGUGGCCACGAUUUAGAUAGAAAUGCCCAUUUGUGACCACAAACUGCACUCACCAGAGCCCCUAUCCUGCUGAAGUGUUUUCGAAGGACACUAAUGUUAAUGCUCAUGCUCAUCAAGGUUCGUCAAAGGAAGCAGAUGUUCAUGAAAUGGUUACCAGAUAUUUACUUCUUGUCGCAAGGGAAUUUUGAACUUCAAUUUCCUUGCAACAAGAAAAACAACAAAAACUGUUGGCAAAGAUCUGCGACCUUGAAUAAACCCUGACAUGAGUGUUUAUGAACCGAAAAUGCACAUAAAUUGAUGCCCAGGUAUUUGUGCGAGCAAACUCACUCAGACCCUGAAUAUAGAAAAAAAUUAAUUCAGUAAAAACAGAUAUUAAAAAAAAAAAAAACAGGACUAAGUGGUAGAUUGGGGAUAAAAUACUGUGAAAAAAGCAGGGGUUUCCACAAAAAUGGGAUAGGUUCCAUAUUUUAUCUAAAUUUAAUUUCUGCCCCUAUUAAAAUGAAAUAUGCACAGAGAACGCACAACGAAUCAUGUAAAAAAUGGGACUAAAUGGAGAAUUGUGAAGAAAAUAAGCAGGGGCUCCUGCAAAAAAAUGGUGAGAGGUUAUAACAAUAAUAGAAAAAAAAUAAAAAUCUGUCAAAAAAUGGAAAUAAGUGUUAUAAUGAAUAAACAUUUUUUUAAAAACAUCAUAAAGGUAGGGAAAGAUGUUUUUAACAUUGCUUGCUGAUUCUCCUGUGUAUGUUUUCUCUCACUUGGCCAGUCUCCAAGCUGGCCGUGAGCCCUAAUGUAAUGUUUUCUUGUCUUAUCUAAGCCAUAAAUGAGUAUGCUUUUGUUAAAGCCUCUUGAAUGUAAAAGCACCAGAGGUGCUUUCUUCACAAAUUUCACAAAACAUGAACAAAUUAAAUGUAACACCAUUACUUCUGUUUGAAAGAAGGUUUCUGAUGAUUUUUUUUUUUUUUGUCAUUUCCAAAUGAGGAAUUUGCCUCAAAGUUUGAACAAUAAAGAAGGGGAAGAGCUGGUGUUAGGACAAUAGCAGGAAGAGGACGACAAGAAUUUUACAAGGGGCAAGGGUGCUCGCAUAAAUACGCUGAGUCAUCACGGCCUGCUAGCGAUGGAUGUGUUUUUUUUUUUCUAUCAAACAACUUUAGGCAAUCAUAUCAUGCAUGAUGACACAAUUUCCUUAGUGCAUUUGUUCUAUUUUUGUCAAUAAAAAGGCAUUUACAAAUAGAAACAAAUUGUAUAAAGAUGUCCAAAGUCAGAGCGGUCACAGUAUCAUAAAUAUGAGCUAAGGCUAAUUACAAAGUGAACAUGAAACAUUCCGAGAGUUCUCACUCUUUCGGUAUUUCUUGAGUGUGUCCAGAAAAUAGAAAUUAAUUCUAUUAAUAUCAUUCAUGGUCAGUUGGGUAAGCAGACUGCAGCGUCUUUAAAAAGUAUGUAGAAGUAGAGGACGUUGCACUUUUUACAGAAGGUGCGCUCCAUUUUGUACUCAGACAUCUAACUUGUUCUUGGGACUCAAAAAAUCAAGUCACCACAAAGAAUUGUUAUUACUCAGAUGCAUUUAAAGAGGAACUCGAGUCAAAAAUGUUUGUCACAGUAAUAUAUUCCAUGCAACGGUAUUCUGAAUAAUAUUUGGAAUAGUUUCUGGAAUAUGCAGCAAAUCCACUUAUUUUUCUCUCUCCUAUCGGGCAGCCAUUUUCCCACUUGUUGACUGAAAUGACAUUGCAGGAUCAGCUUGUGAGCGCCACAUGUCCAUACACGGAAAACAAUUUUCGUUACAUAGGCACUGUGAUGUCAUUUUUAAUUGACAGCAACUUGCAAAAUGGCCACCCCCUGAGUUAGAGCAAAACAGGUGGACUUAGUGACUUAGCUGCUUCAUUUAUAUUUCACAAAUGCAAUAUUAAUCAGAAUGCCGUGGUUAGAAUAGUGAGGGUGCAUAGAACAUAUUAUUGUAAAGAAUUGUUUUACUUUUAAAUAGACUCCAAAAGUACUAUAGCUUUUUUUUGCUAAGAAAGACAUUAAAGUUUC